CCAAUCCACUGUUAAAAGUUUCCUCCUUGGUGAGCUGAACUUUCUCUCCUCUCUCUCAAUCAAAGGCGUGUGUGUUCCACGGCGUACAAAAGGGCGUGUGCGUACCACAACGCCAUUGUGCUCUCAAAAGGAAAGGCAUCCCUCUUCAACCUCUUUCAUCUUUUCCCUACCUGCUACAGCUCUCCGAUUCCUUCCUUUGUUUCCUCCUCUCUCGCAAAGGGAACCUUGCUUUUUAAUAGAUAUGGAGUUUUUCUUCAGAGACCAAAAUGAACAGACUACGCCUUCUCAGCUCGACAUGGUUAGAUGUCCAUUCUUAAGGAACAUUAACGAGCCCACUAAUUUCUCCUUCUCAUCAUCCCUGGCUUUCCCAAUGCCUGUACGUGGAGCCAAAGGUCCCAUUUUUGAAGAUGGUCCCAAUUUUGAUACGGCAUUUAGGCUUUUCCAUGGGCGCGAUGGAGUAGUCCCCCUCUCUGGUAGAUCAUUUGUGCGUUCUGAGAAAGUAGAGCCUCAGCCAGCCCCAUCCCAGUUUAAUCCUUUAGCAGCAAAGGCAGCCACUAUCAGCCUGUCGUCCUUUGGAGGGCCCUUCAGUUUUGAUUCAUUUUCUGAGAAAUGGAAGAAUCAGAACAGAAAAUCCCAAUCAUCCAAGAAAGAGUCUUCUUCUAAGGGAGGAAGUUCAAAGCAUGAGGCCUUGAGCAAUGAGUGGCUGCAAACUGGAAACUGCCCCAUUGCUAAGUCAUACCGAGCAGUUAGCAAUGUUCUUCCACUAGUUGCCAAGGCAUUUCAGCCCCCUCCAGGCAUGAAUAUCAAGUGCCCGCCUGCAAUAGUUGCAGCCCGAGCAGCUCUAGCACGGACUGCAUUCGCAAAGAACCUCCGCCCACAACCCCUGCCUGCAAAAGUACUUGUGAUUGGGUUACUGGGCAUGGCAGCAAAUGUUCCUUUAGGGAUAUGGAGAGAACACACUAAGAAAUUCUCACCAGCCUGGUUUGCCGCAGUUCAUGCUGCUGUUCCAUUCAUAGCCGUACUUAGGAAGUCCGUGCUGAUGCCCAAGUCAGCUAUGGCUUUUACCAUUGCAGCAUCAGUGUUAGGACAGGUCAUUGGCUCUAGAGCAGAGCGCCGCCGAAUGGAGGCAACAGCUGCAAAGAAAUUGGUCAUUGCAGGAACACCUGUUGGUGGAUCGAAUCGGCUACAUGUGAUCAAACCAACUGGCGGACGUUGUGGUGAUAUUGUGAAAUGGGAUCCACUUGAGCUGUCCGGGCCAUCUUCAGCAGAUGUUUAUUGCUAGUUUUUCUCAAGUCAUGUCAUCGACGUGUUGUAUCCUUGUGCUCUACAAGAUGUAAUUCUUUGUAUUUCUGUGUUCUUCAGCAUAUGUUUGCUUUUUGUCAUAUUGUCCUGUCUCUUUGUUCCUUGUAGAGGAAUAUACUUUUCGGCAAAUGAGGGAAUAAAAGAUGCAAAAUGACAAUGAUUUACUUA